UUAUAAACUCAAAUCGACACCACACAACGAAAGCAAAGGACCGUCGCUACGCCGCGGGAGAGAGAGAGAGAGAGAGAGAGAGAGAGAGAGAGAGAGAGAGAGAGAGUGUGUGUGUGUGAGUGAGAGAGCGUUUUUCAACCUACAAAAACACCAUGCCAGCGCCGGCAUAACGGCCUUCGUUGCCGCCACCGAGCAGCCCUCCAAAACAGAACGACCGACCCUGCAAGUUCGACAGAAGUCAUGUCAUCGGACGUGGCAUUCGACCUAGUCACGGCCGGCGUCUGCUCCGCCCUCAUCCUCAUACGCUGCGGGUACCGCCUGUUAUGGCGGUGCAGAGUCCACGCAUCCUGCCACCGGACAUGGCACGCCGACGAUGCCUAUAUGGCCUUUGCCCUCGUCCCGCUCAUCGGCCGCACGGCCUGCAUCUCCGUCUCCUUCAUGCUCAACCCGACACACACAUACGGUCCCGCCACCGAGGGGCAAGCGGCCGCGCGCGGCCUCACCCUCGAGAAGCUGGCCGAGUAUUACGUCGUCUCGCACAAGUUGAUUAUCCCGGCGCGGAUAUUCUACGCUCUGUUCCUAUGGUCGUUGAAGCUCUGCUUGCUCAACUUCUACUCCCGAUUCGUCGAUGUUUUCCAUUGGGGCAAAGCCGCCACCACGGCCCUCUGGUGGUUCAUCGUCGUUACAUUUUUUGUUAUUCUGAUACCCACCCUCGCGGAAUGCCGGCCACUAGAUUUGUGGGUUCCUCCACCUCGCCUUAUUGCAUGUGCUUCUUCUAAAUAUCCUUGCAGGAUGUGGUCUCCUGAUCCUUCUGGUGCCAAUACCUGUCACCGAGCGCUGGGAAACCUGAUCACAAUGGCCGUUUUCAACAUCAUCACCGAUAUCGCUCUCAUCAUCUUCCCAUUUCCCAUCCUGCGGCACAUCAAGCUUGAUGGCAAGGCAAAGGCGCAACUCAUCCUCUUUUUCAGCAUCGCAGGCCUCAUUGUUGCUAUUACUGUCAUGCGACUGCCCAUGAUACUAAACCAGGCGGUAUCGCAGAGGUCUCGCUCCAUGUGGGCAUCCAUAGAGAUACUCUGCGCUUGUAUCGUCGCGAACGCGGCCUUCUAUUACGCGCUGUUGAAAGAUUACCAGCUGGGGCACGACUCUCGCGUCGGAGGCUCGAGCCAUUACGCCCAGCAGCCCGACUACUACAUGCAAGCGAUCCCUUCGCCCGACGCGAGCAGCGGCGCUUCGCCGUCCCGCACGCUCGAGGUGCCAGAUUGUUGGGCGGUAGACAGGAGGUCCAGCAGGUCCAGCAGGUCUAUUCGCAUACCCACGAUAUCAUGAAUGCAAUUGCCAAGUAUACGGGUUCUUGUUUUUGCCGUCUAGCAGCCCAUCAAGCAUGGGCUACUCGUGAAUGCUACGCCCCCUGCCUCUCUCGAGAUCACCACCUUCGUUGCACUGUUCGUCAGCAUCCACCACUUAGACUAUUACGCCACUCGAUGUGUUGGAGCCUGUGAAAGCCUGGAGUUAACGG